AUGGCACGCCGUUCCGCAUCCAUCCUGCUCUCCGCCCUGUGCGUUGUGGCCGCGAUGUGGAUGUUGUCGAGUACUGCCUUCGUGUCUGCCCCGCAGACAGCCUUGCGCGGCAGCGAGGUGCCUCAGAAGCUGGAGCAGGCUGCCGCCCCAGCAGCCCUGGCCGUGGCUGUGGCCUCCCUUCCGGAAGCUGCGCACGCCGGCAACUCCGGAUACGCACUGCUCCAGCUGGGAUGGGCAGUCUUCAUCAUCAGCCUUGGUCCGGCCGUGCUCUUCUGGGCACUGCCGCGGCCCGUUGCAUCACUUCACCCUCAUGGGAACAAGUCUCUCCGACGCAGCCACCAGGCCCUCAAAGCAGAACCCAAGUUGCGAGAGAGUUGCUGCAGAAAGAUGGAUGGUGAAUCGCCGGAUCAUGUUGCUGCGGCAUCAUUGUCUUUGGGGACAGUGGUCAUGCUGCAGUGGAUUCGAGACUGGGUCGAAUCAAGCUUCAAUUCUGCUGAAGAUGCCCUUGUCCAGCGCGAGGGACAGCUGGAGACGCACUUCCAAGAGGAGCUGUCCCUGGACAUGUGGCAGGAGCUACAGACCUAUGUCGAGAAAUCGGUAUCAUUGUCCGGUUUGCAGCUGAAGUGCGUGCAGUCAUGUGACCACGGGCUUUGUGUUGGAGUGGUCAUGUCACAGGCUGCCAGGCAACGGUAUGCCGACGAGAUGCUCGAUCGCCAAUUGCUGCAUGAACAGAGAGCAGGCAGCUCGAGCGGUUCGGGCGAUUCGGAUCGGAAUGGCAUCAGCACGCCCAAGUCAAAGCCUUUGCGUGAAGCUCCCACCACUCCGAUCAAGAAUGCUGCAAAACAUCGGAGGUUGAAGAUGGAACAUCGCGUUCACAAGGCGAAUAAGAGCAAGAUGCCAAUCUCAAAGCCAACUAAGAAGUCCAUCAGCCGUGUAUCUGGACGACAUGUGUCUGAGGAUUUGUCGGGCCUCCUGGCUGCAAAGGAGGGCCUCAUCAACGCAUUGGAUGCAGAUGACAUGCACGGGAUCACCUCUUGGCUGAAGGGCCUCGGGAGGAGGAAGAUCGAAGCCCACGAGCUGGAGAAGACUCGCAUUGGCCUCACCGUCAGCUUGUGCCGCAAGACUUCGGAACCUUACAUCAUCAGGUUGGCCGAGAUUUUGCUUCAGAGGUGGAAGCUUGCAUGGCUCGCGAUACUUUUGGAGCAACUUGCAGACUCCUACUCAUACUCUACAGCUGCAAGUGAUGACAACACCUGUGGCUUGAUGUCAACACACGGUUCAACACACCCCACCAUGCCGGGCAGUGCAGCGCGAUGGCCCCGUCGGCUUUCUCUUCUGGGCAGCCUUUUGCUGGCGGUAUAUUGCGCUCGAGGCCAGACCACAGGCUUCACAGCACCUGCGAGGGCCCAAAGCCGGCCCUUUGCAGCCCGGAGAGGAGGCUUCCGCCAAGUCUUGCGUGCAGCCGAGCCUCCUGCGUCACAGUUGGAGGACGUGGUGGCUAAUGCUCGGAGCUUGAUAUUCGCCGUUUACCCGAAAGGGCCACAGGCAGCAUGGCGAAACGUCCUCGCUGGAUUUGCAGUGGCCUUGGCGAUGAUUCCAGAAUCGGUGGCCUUCGCUUUUGUCGCCGGCGUGACGCCCAUUGUCGGCCUUUGGAGCGCCGUCGCCCUCGGCUUCUUCGCUGCCAGCUUCGGGGGCCGUGCCGGAGUUGCCUCCGGCGCUGCGGGCUCUACGGCCGUGGUCAUGGCAGCACUCGUCGCUCGACAUGGAACGACGUACCUGAGCGCUGCAGUGCUUCUUGCUGGCGGCCUGCAGAUUCUGGCAGGUCUCUUGCAAUGGGGGAAGUUCAUCAAAUUGGUGCCACAUCCAGUUAUGCUGGGAUUUGUGAACGGCUUGGCUAUCGUUAUUGGAAAGGCGCAGCUAACCCAUUUCUUGGACCCAGCCACCGGCUCCGUGCUGACCGGCUUGCGAGGAGCCACCAUGUUUGGGCUGACGGCGCUGUCAAUGCUCCUUGUGAAGCUGCUCCCUCGUGUCACGACCGCCGUGCCAUCGUCACUGCUGACCGUUGCCAUUGUGACACUGAUCGUCAAGGCCAGCCACGACUUUGAUGGAUAUGGCCGGAGCAGAAACUUUUCGUGGAGGCUUCUCCAUGCUGCCGCACCUGGCGCUGCCAGCGGCACCCUGUCCGCUUCGACGCCCGUACCAUGGUUGGCCAGUCCUUUGCAGACUUUCAGCAUUCUGUUGCCCUAUGCCGCAACCAUGGCUGCUGUAGGCUUGGGGGAGUCUUUGCUGACGCUUCAGCUUGUCGAUGGGAUCAUGGAGGAUGGGAAGAGAGGCGACACUUCCAAGGAAUGCAUCGGCCAGGGGCUGGGGAACAUCGCCAGCGGCCUCACCGGCGGCAUGGGGGGCUGCGCCAUGAUCGGGCAAACCCAGGUGAACGUUCAAGCUGGCGCCACCUCGCGCCUUGCAGGGAUUUCAAUGGCCGCCUUUCUGGGCGUGGGCAUCGUUGCAGCUGCACCAGUGCUUGGUCAAGUUCCUGUUGCUGCCCUGGUUGGUAUCAUGUUUGUGGUUUGCCAGUCGACCUUCGCUUGGUCCAGCCUUCGCAUCAUGAGAAAAGUGCCCCGCUCUGAUGCAGCCGUCAUAGUCCUGGUGUCCUUGGUCACCGUCGUCAAGGAUCUGGCAAUGGCGGUCGUUGCCGGCACAAUUCUCUCCGCUUUGGCCUUCUCCUGGCAGCAGAGUACCAACCUGAGAGCUGAGACAGAGGUCCAGGGCGGCUGGAAAACGUAUCGACUCCGGGGCCUGCUCUUCUUCGGGAGUACGCAACAGUUCUCUGAUGUCUUCGCAGUGCAGGAGGAUCCGGACGACGUGAUUCUUGAUUUCGCAGAGUCGAGGGUCUUGGAUCAUUCCGCCCUCGAGGCAAUAAACUCGCUGGCUGCCUCCUAUGGCGAGCUGGGAAAGAGGCUCCACCUUCGGCACCUGAGUUCCGAUUGCGCAGGUCUCCUGGAGCGGCUGAACGGAACAAUGCCACCGUACGAAAUUGUCGAGGCAGAUCCAAAGACAGAUCCGAUCUAUGAAGUCGCGGAGGACAACAAAUUUUACAAAGACUUGGCGGCACCGACCUCGCCAACCAAAGAGCCACCACAGGAAGCUGAAGAUGUUGAAGCGACCAAGAACGCAGACAACGAUUGA